UCUCUGUCAAAAUCUGCCUUUCCAAUUUAAAAAAAAAAAAUCAGGGGAAAAUAAGUAACAGUGCUCAAAGAACCCUGCAGAGAGAUGUCCACUGAUGGGGAAAUUCCUCCUUGAACAGCGAGGGCUUUCAAGGACAAGACAAUAACGACGUGAACAUUAAGACUCAAAUAGACCCAAGUACAGCCAGCCUUCCCCAGACUCCACCACCGUAGAUCCAGAUUGUCUGGAGGAGCGUGGGUGAGACAGGGGAAUGCCCUGUCCAGGCUUUCCCACUGAACAGGACACCAUAAAACCCGCUGACUUGUAACGUUUAGCUAGCAGGCAUUCUAAGAAUUCUUAGUCCUCUAAGAAGUACUUAAGAGGCAGCUGAGUGAAGAUUCUAGAUAAAUCCCACACCGUCUUAUAAAAGAGACUUGAGUAGCCGUGCAUUUUUGCUUAGGGAGAGGGUGGCCUAGAUGCUGCGAGGGAGACAGUUCCAGGGCGUAGGUCACACUGAUUUGCAUCCUUGAAUAUCUGAUAAAAACCUUAAAAGUGCAGAAGCCAUUGAAACCGUGUCUGCCUUCCUCGGCGCCAUCCGAAUCAUGUCCUACGGGAAUCCAGCCCCUGUGGCGGGGUGCUGACCCAGGACGCAGCCUCGUCUUGUUGUGGCUGACGUCUGGCACGGACCGACGACUCCUCUCGGGUUCUAGGUUCAAUACCCCCCCGUCCUCCCCAACCUAAGGAAGAAGUAAAACUUUGGAGAAACUUGGCCAACUCCGGCACCCCACCUGCGGCCGCUCUCAUUCCGCCGGCUCCCAUUGGUCCACGUGAGUCUACGCCACAGGCGAAGCGGCCAAUGCGAACCGGGCCCGGAGUGCCUUCAGCCAAUGGGGCGCGAGCGGGAGAUUUGAAAGCGCCUCGGCGGAGGCGCAGUCCCGGCAGGCCCAGUCGUCCGCCGCGGCCCCCGGGGAAGUCGGUCGGUCGGCGGCCAGCGGCCCGCAAGGUGAGCUGGCCUCCUCCGUGGGCAGCAGCGGGCUCCGGGAGAGCGCAGGCGGCCGGCAGCUCGCCAGGGUCCGUUGGGCCCGCGCGCGCCUCGCCAGGCUGCUGAGCGCUCCGGGAUCCCGGAAGGGGUGGGCGAGAGCUGCGGGACCCGGGCUGCGUGCGUCUCGGCCGGUGUGACCCGCUCUCCUCCGCCAGCCCCGCCCAGGGCUUCUGCCUAGUUCGGUCCGAUCCCUCUUCUUAGUUAUUCUGCUGAUCUGGGCUGUCUUUUCCGUUCUGCGCCCUGCUACCCUCCCCCUUCCCCUAGAAGAAUGGCCCAGAAGGAGAACGCCUACCCCUGGCCCUACAGUCGCCCCACGGCUCAGUCUGGCCUGAACACACUGCCUCAGAGAGUCCUCCGGAAGCAGCCUGCCACCCCAUCGGCCCUGGUCCUCAUGAACCGCUCCAAUUCCCAGCCCAUGGCUGCUCCUGGCCAGAAGGGCACGGAGAAUGGCAUUUUGUCGCCCACCUACUCGUUGCCUAGGCGCCCCUUGACCAUCGAAGACUUUGAGAUCGGCCGUCCUCUGGGCAAAGGCAAGUUCGGCAAUGUGUACUUGGCCCGGGAGAAGAAAAGCCAUUUCAUUGUGGCGCUCAAGGUCCUCUUCAAGUCGCAGAUCGAGAAAGAGGGUGUGGAGCACCAGCUACGCAGGGAGAUCGAGAUCCAGGCGCACCUGCGGCACCCCAACAUCCUACGCCUCUACAACUAUUUCUACGACGGGAGGAGGAUCUACUUGAUUCUGGAGUAUGCCCCCCGCGGCGAGCUCUACAAGGAGCUGCAGAAGAGCCGUACCUUUGAUGAGCAACGAACAGCCACGAUCAUGGAGGAGUUGGCAGAUGCCCUGAGGUAUUGCCAUGAGAAGAAAGUCAUCCACAGAGACAUCAAGCCAGAGAACCUGCUGCUGGGGUUGCAGGGAGAACUCAAGAUCGCCGACUUCGGCUGGUCCGUGCACGCCCCCUCCCUGCGGAGGAAGACCAUGUGUGGCACCCUAGACUACCUGCCCCCCGAGAUGAUUGAAGGGCACACGCACAACGAGAAAGUGGACCUGUGGUGCAUCGGAGUGCUCUGCUAUGAGCUGCUGGUGGGGAACCCACCUUUUGAGAGCGCGUCCCACAAUGAGACGUAUCGGCGCAUUGUCAAGGUGGACCUGAAGUUCCCCCCAUCAGUGCCCACAGGGGCCCAGGACCUCAUCUCAAAGCUGCUCAAACACAACCCCUCUGAUCGCAUUUCUCUGGCCCAGGUCUCAGCCCACCCUUGGGUCCGGGCCCACUCUAGGCGGGUGUUGCCCCCCUCAACCCUGCAGUCUGUCCCCUGAUUGCCUUGGUUUUGUGUGUGUGUGUGUGUGUGUGUAUGAAGGUGCAUAUGCAGGUAGAAGGGAGUGAAUCCUGGCCUGGUCCCUUUACUGUCUUCUAGCUCUUUUUUAUUUAAUAAAAGCUGAGGCUU